UAUAGUGUUUUUGAAUUGAAUGACUAAAUAGAAAUCAUUAACUUAAAGGAACUAAAAUAUAAAUUAAACCAAAAAUUUACACCAAGCAUAAGUUUUUAGUGGAAUACUUUAAUUUUAUUUUUGAUUUACCAAUACAUUGUGAUGGAAGUGCUAUUGAUGAAAAUGGUGACUAGUAGUUUCAGUGUUUCACAUCUCAGAUUUUUGGAACGUUUCGCAUCCUUCAAUGGUGAAUGACUGGGUGGGAUCUUGAGUUUGACAACCAUGGCCAUUGCUACAUAGAUGACCCAUAUUAUUAAUUUUGUUAUGAAAGUUAAGCAAUUCCUCUAUCUGCAGAAGCACCUAUAUUUACUUCAAGGUUUAAUGAAAAUGAAGAAGUGGUAUGGAGGCCUGUUGAUCAUGGCUUUGGGUAUGACGCUGUUUCUACUGUACAGUCUUAAAGGAAUUCAGCCACAAAAGCAGUCAACAAAACAGUCAGCAUACAGUUUUUUCAAUAACAAUUCGCCACCAAACGAUUCUAUUGAAGGAAGUAGCAAUGUUGAAGCAGCGUCUUUCGAUGCGGACCUGAAAAAGAUGCCAAAACCAACAAAAAUGCCACAUUUGGUACAUGUCGCGGGGCUUGAUGAUCUGUAUGAUAUGAAAAAUUUGUCUGAAGGAGAGAUGAAUGUUGUACUUGCUUGGACGCAUUUACGCUCCUUGCUGUCGAGGUCAGAUGCUUUGCCGGAAACAGCUCAAGGAGUCAAAGAGGCUUCUGUAGCAUGGAAAGAGUUGCUGUCCACCAUUGAAACUGACAAAGCGUCUAAGAUGAGUAAGAUAGACAGCCCAGAAAAUCAAAACUGUCCAUUCUCUGUGACCACACUUGGCAAGACGGUAGCGGAUAGUGGAGUCACUCUGAGUCUCCCUUGCGGUUUGAUCAUAGAUUCUUCCAUUACAUUAAUUGGCAUCCCUAAUGAACAAAACAGUAGCUUUCAGAUUGACCUAGCUGGACAAGAGCUAGAAGAGGAGCCAUAUCCUCCAAUUAUCUUGCAUUAUAAUGUGAGUCUACCAGGAGAAAACAUGACCGAGGAGCCGUAUAUUGUUCAAAAUACAUGGACUAAUGAUUUCGGGUGGGGAAAAGAGGAAAGGUGUCCUGCUCGUGGUUCUGCUAACAUCCACAAAGUUGAUGAGCUUGUUCUCUGCAAUGUACAAGCAGUCAGAAAUAACAACGAAGAGAAUGUAAAUGUUGGUCAACCUACUAGCGAUAUACCAUCUAAUAUUUCCUCAGAAAGUACACAUAGAACGGGUUAUUUCCCUUUUUCUGAGGGUAAUCCUUUCACUGCCACGUUGUGGGUUGGUUCAGAGGGAUUUCAUAUGACUGUGAAUGGAAGGCAUGAAACAUCUUUUGCAUAUAGGGAGAAGCUUGAACCAUGGCUAGUCAACACCAUAAAAGUCGCAGGAAGUUUAAGUCUCUUCUCGGUUCUUGCUAAAGGUUUACCUGUUACUGAAGGUAAUGAUAUAGUUGUUGAUGUUGAGAACCUAAAGGCUCCUUCUAUCCUUAAAAAAAGGCAUGUUUUGUUGAUCGGAGUAUUCUCUACCGGAAAUAACUUUGAGCGUCGAAUGGCUCUGAGGAGGUCUUGGAUGCAAUAUGAGGCUGUACGUUCUGGUGAAGUUGUUGUCAGAUUUUUCAUUGGACUUCAUAAGAACAAUAGAGUUAAUUUGGAGUUAUGGAGAGAGGCUCAAGCAUAUGGAGAUAUACAGUUAAUGCCUUUUGUCGAUUAUUACAGUUUGAUAUCUUUAAAGACAAUUGCAAUUUGUAUUGUGGGGACGAAAAUCAUUCCUUCUAAAUACAUCAUGAAAACAGACGACGAUGCUUUCUUAAGGAUUGACGAAAUGCUUUCCAGCCUCAAAGGGAAGUCGUCUGAAGGCCUCUUGUAUGGUCUGAUAUCUUCUAAAUCAUCUCCUGAUAGAGAUGGGGACAGCAAGUGGUACAUCAGUGACGAGGAAUGGCCACAUGAUACAUACCCACCAUGGGCACAUGGUCCUGGCUAUGUCAUCUCUCGCGACAUAGCAAAAUUUGUCGUCUUUGGCCACCAGGAAAGAAAACUCCAGUUCUUUAAAUUAGAAGAUGUUGCCAUGGGCAUAUGGAUCGAACGAUUUCGGAAUAGUGGUAAAGAAGUGCAUUACGAGAACGAUGAGAGGUUUUACAAUGCUGGAUGUGAAUCAAAUUAUAUACUUGCACAUUAUCAAAACCCAAGGAUGGUGCUAUGCCUUUGGGAGAAACUGCAGAAAGAACACAAGCCAGAAUGCUGCGAGUAAAUAUCAAAGUUUGAUUUUGGGGUUUGAGGAAUAUUUAAAUAUUCAAGUUCCCUAAUCAUUUUUUGUGUAUCCUAAUGUUUAUAGAUUUAUUCAUUCAUUCUAACCAUUUUCAGUAAAAAGAAUUAGUUUCACUUAAAACUGUUUUGCUUGAAAAUAUCAGGGAUAUAUAUUCAGUUCAUUUGCUGGUACUGAAUAUUGAAAUUCUUGAUGGCUUGAAAAGUAACAAAUGUUGUUACAUAUGCUGUUCAGUUCAACUGACAAACGUUGUUACUGUUAGGCGAUCUAAGGCCUCGUACUUGUGUGAGUUUUGUGUGAGUUUCUGAUAGUCAUUAUGUAUACUAUUAAAUCUAAUAUUUUUUGUUAAA